AAGAGCUAGCUACCCAAGAACAGCGCCCCUUCUUCCCACCGCAAAACUACCGAAACCUCCACGAUCAGUCGACCGGGAGCUGGAGCUGGCGUCGUACGUGGUCCGUGACUCGCAAUGGACGCGACGAUCGGCGAUCCGCUGCUGUUGGCGUCCGUUGAGCGGGCGUUCGAGAAGCAGCCGCUGCCCGACUUCUGGGAGCAGGCAACGCCGCGGGCGAUGAUCGUCGCGGUGGUGCUCUCCGUCGUCUUCGGCUUCGUGACCCUGCAGAUCCAGAUGUCCACCGGCGUCGUGCCGGGACUCAACAUGCCCAUCAGCGUCCUCAGCUUCAUCUUCCUCAAGUGGUUCGUAAGCCUGCUCCGGUCCUGCGGCCUCCCAGGGUCGGAGCCCUUCACGCGACAGGAGAACUUAUUGGUGCUCACCACCGUCACUACAGUCGGCAACUUAGCCCUAACCGGUGGCUUUGCUUUGUACAUCAUAGCAAUGACCUCCACCGUGGCAAAAGCACUUGGUGAAACAAAUCCAGACCCAAGAGACAUUGUUGACAACUUUCCAGCAGGACAAUGGAUGUUAUUCCUUCUCCUCAUUGGUCUAAUGUCAGUAUUAACUAGUGUGCCAUUGAACCAGGUGAUGAUUCUUGACUACAGAUUACUAUUCCCAACAGGAACAGCUCAAGCUCACCUUAUUAACAGUUUUCACACCCCUCAUGGAGCUAUUAUGGCAAAGAUUCAAGUCGCAACCAUAUUCAAAUUUUUUUUUGGUAGUUUUUCUUGGACUGCAUUCUCAUGGCUAUAUGCAUCAGGAAAAGAUUGUGGAUUUUCAAGCUUUCCGUUAUUUGGAUUACAGUUAUAUAAGAAGAGGUUUUUCUUUGAUUUUUCUGCAACAUUUAUUGGCGUGGGAAUGAUUUGCCCACUUAUGGUGAACAUUACAUUUCUUGUUGGUGGUAUCGUAUCUUGGGGAUUGUUGUUCCCUUUUCUCGAAACAAAAAGUGGGCAAUGGUAUCAUACUCCUAGUCCAUCAAGUUUGGCAGGGAUUAAUGGAUACAAGGUCUUUAUUUCAGUUGCACUGAUUCUGACUGAUGGCAUUUACAACUUCAUUACACUUCUUAUUGCUGCCUUCCUCGACUUCAGGCAGAAACAACAAGAAACAGAUACAGUGGUGGGUAACUACUUGAGAAAACACCCCAGUCUGAACUACGAUGACCGUAGAAGGAUUGAGGUAUUCCUGGAGAACAAAAUCCCUGCUUCCCUGCCAGUGGCUGCGUACGGUGUGUGCGCAAUAAUCUGUGGGGUAGUUAUCCCACAAAUAUUUCACCAGGUAAAUUUCCUUCACGUCAUUGCGAUGUACAUCAUCGUCCCGGUGGUUGCCCUCACCAACACCUACGCAACUGGGCUCACGGACUGGAACAUCGCCUAUACAUACGCCAAGUUCACAAUCUUCGUCGUCGCAGCAUGGGUUGCCAAGCCAGGCGCGAUUAUUGUUGCCCUUGUAUCCUGCGGGCUAGUGGUGUCAGCGCUUCACAUCUCUUCGCAGAUGACGCAGGACGUGAAGACAGGUUACAUGACACUGACCUCGCAACGGGCUCUGAUCAUGAUGCAGACCUUCGGCGUAAUCGUCGGCUCCGUUCUUACACCGUGUAUCUUCCGUGCCUUCCAAAGAAGCGCCAAGGCGAAUGUCCCCAUCGGAGCAGCGGACUCAGAAUACCCGUGCCCCUAUGCAAUGCUCUACCGUGCCAUGGCGGUGAUCGGCACGGGAGGUGUCAAGGAACUCCCUGACCAUUGCCUCACCUUCUGCUACGCUGCUGCUGGCUUCGCCAUCGCGGUGAACACGCUCUCGGUCGUGUCUCAGAGGAAAGGCUGGAAGAUACAGGUGUACAUUCCCAGUGUCACAGUCUUAGCGUUGCCCUUCUUCAUCGGGUCAGCCGUCGCUAUCGAUAUGUGCAUAGGCAGCGCGGUGAUUUUCCUGUGGAUGAAGAUGAACAGCCAGAGCGCCGCCAUACUGUCAUCAGCAGUUGCAGCCGGCUUGAUCUGUGGGGAAGGGCUAUUCGCGUUGCCAUCAGCGUUGUUCACCCUUUUCAGUGUGGAGGCACCAAUGUGCAUGAAGUUCAUUCAUAGUGGAAAGCAGGUUGACUUGGCAGAUUCCUUCAUAAGAAACAUGUCAACACCGGCAAAGCCAUGAUGGAUGUAUCCAGAGGUAAAAACUAACCGAAUUUCCCUUCUGAGCUAGUAGGUCUCAAAGGAUGGAAAUAAGUACUCUGCAGCUAUGAACAAACCCACAAGGCUACAGUGAUUAGCAUUACAGAUUCAAUCAUCAUUUAAUCCAAAUCAGAGUUUAUGGGUGCAAUACUACAACCAUUAGAGGCACUGUUUGAGCAUUGAGGCUUCGAAUGGUUUUUUUUAGAUGGCUUCGAAUGGUUGGCAUUGCAGAGAUUGUACUACAGCAGUUAGAUGCAGCAUUUUAUGUAGUUUUGACCUAGAAUUGUUUAAUGUACUUCUCUGCAUUUGUUAUAACUGUAUAUGAUACGUUUUAGUUCCAUAAUGUCAAAACAUUGUAGUACCAUAGGCGGAAAUUUCUAGAUAUCGUUUUUAUGCAAUAUAGAUGGCAUGCUUGACAUGCAUAUGAUUGUC